AUGUCUGGUCCAGCCGAUGAGACUGCAGGAGACCUGCCUGUGAAAGAUACAGGUCUAAACCUCUUUGGAAUGGGAGGGUUACAAGAAACUUCAGCACGGACCAUGAAGUCUCGCCAGGCAGUGUCACGUGUCAGUCGUGAGGAACUGGAAGACAGAUUUUUGCGUUUGCAUGAUGAAAACAUUUUACUUAAACAGCAUGCCCGCAAGCAAGAGGAUAAAAUUAAAAGAAUGGCCACCAAGUUAAUACGGCUAGUUAAUGACAAGAAAAGAUAUGAGCGGGUUGGUGGCGGCCCCAAGCGGCUGGGACGAGAUGUGGAAAUGGAAGAAAUGAUUGAGCAGCUGCAAGACAAAGUUCAUGAGCUUGAAAGACAAAAUGAAGUCCUCAAAAACAGACUAAUUUCUGCCAAACAGCAACUUCAAAUCCAGGGUUACAGGCAAACUCCAUACAAUCACAUACAAUCUCGUAUUAACACUGGGCGUAGAAAAGCGAAUGAAAAUGCAGGUUUACAGGAAUGUCCCAGGAAAGGUAUAAGAUUCCAAGACAUAGAUGUAGCAGAAACACUACAACCAAUGCUUACAAAAUACGACAACAGUUUACUUGAAGAAGCCAGAGGAGAAAUAAGAAAUUUAGAAAACGUUAUUCAGUCACAGAGAGGCCAGAUAGAAGAGUUAGAGCACUUGGCCGAGAUCCUGAAAACUCAGUUGAGGAGAAAAGAAAAUGAAAUUGAGUUAUCUCUUCUUCAGCUUCGAGAACAGCAGGCUACAGAUCAAAGGUCAAAUAUUCGGGAAAAUGUAGAAAUGAUUAAGCUUCAUAAACAACUAGUGGAAAAAAGCAAUGCUCUUUCAGUAAUGGAAGGAAAAUUUAUUCAGCUUCAAGAGGUAUUGUAAACUCUCAGGAUCAGCCAUGAUGCCUUGGUGGCAAAUGGAGAUGAGUUAAAUAUGCAACUUAAAGAGCAGCGUUUAAAAUGCUGCAGUCUUGAGAAACAAUUACAUUCUAUGACAUUUUCUGCAAGAAGAGUAGAAGAGCUGCAGGAUAGAAUUAAUGAUUUAGAAAAGGAACGGGAACUUUUAAAGGAAAAUUAUGAUAAACUAUAUGACAGUGCCUUCAGUGCUGCCCAUGAAGAGCAAUGGAAGUUAAAGGAACAGCAGCUUAAAGUACAGAUUGCUCAGCUUGAGACUGCCUUGAAAUCUGAUUUAACAGACAAAAAUGAAAUCCUUGACAGAUUAAAAACUGAAAGAGACCAAAAUGAGAAACUCAUUCAAGAGAAUAGAGAACUACAGUUACAAUAUCUGGAACAAAAGCAACAACUUGACGAACUUAAAAACCGCAUGAAGUUUUACAACCAGGAGAGUGAUAUUAAUGUUGAUGAGUUGAGUGAAGCUCUCCUGCUUAUAAAGGCUCAAAAAGAACAAAAAAGUGGAGACCUUUCCUUUUUAGAGAAAGUAGACAGUAAAAUUAAUAAAGAUCUAGAACGCUCCAUGAGAGAGCUGCAAGCAACUCAUGCAGAAACAGUGCAAGAACUUGAAAAGACAAGAAACAUGCUAAUUAUGCAACAUAAAAUUAAUAAAGAUUAUCAGAUGGAGGUUGAGGCAGUUACCCAUAAGAUGGAAAAUUUGCAGCAAGAUUAUGAACUCAAAGUAGAACAAUACGUUCAUCUUCUUGAUAUCAGGGCUGCACGCAUCCAGAAACUAGAAGCCCAAUUAAAGGAUAUUGCCUAUGGCACCAAGCAGUACAAAUUUAAACCAGAAAUCAUGCCAGAAGACUCCGUAGAUGAAUUUGAUGAAACCAUCCACUUAGAACGAGGGGAAAAUCUAUUUGAAAUCCAUAUCAACAAAGUAACCUUUUCUUCUGAAGUUUUACAGGCAUCUGGAGAUAAAGAGCCUGUCACUUUUUGUACCUAUGCUUUCUAUGAUUUUGAACUCCAGACAACUCCCAUAGUGCGAGGCCUUCACCCAGUAUAUAACUUCACUUCUCAAUAUCUUGUUCAUGUUAAUGACUUAUUUUUGCAAUAUAUCCAGAAGAAUACUAUCACUCUUGAGGUCCACCAAGCUUAUAGCACAGAUUAUGAAACAAUCGCAACAUGUCAAUUAAGAUUUCAUGAAAUUCUGGAAAAAAGCGGUCGAAUAUUUUGUACAGCAAAUUUGUUAAGUCAGCAAGUACCCAAAACUGCUCAACUCAGUUCUACAGAUUCCACAGACGGCAACUUAAAUGAACUUCACAUUACAAUACGAUGUUGCAGCCACCUGCAGUCCCGUGCAGGCCACCUGCAGCCACACCCCUAUGUCGUGUACAAGUUUUUUGAUUUUGCGGACCAUGAUACAGCCAUCAUUCCCAGCAGCAACGAUCCACAGUUUGAUGAUCAUGUGUGUUUCCCAGUGCCAAUGAAUAUGGAUUUGGAUCGAUACCUUAAGUCAGAGUCUCUGAGUUUUUAUGUUUUUGAUGAUAGUGAUACCCAAGAGAAUAUUUACAUAGGAAAAGUCAAUGUGCCUCUGAUUUCAUUGGCACAUGACAGGUGUAUCUCAGGAACUAAAGGAGACAUCCCAAAUUUUGGCACAGUGGAAUUCUGGUUCCGAUUAAGAGUUCCCAUGGAUCAAGCAAUUCGACUUUAUCGAGAACGGGCAAAGGCUUUGGGAUAUAUAACAUCAAAUUUUAAGGGGCCGGAGCAAAUGCAAUCGGCACCAAGACCUAAACCAAGACAACGUUUAACACCUGUAGAUAAGAAGGUGUCUUUUGUGGAUAUCAUGCCACAUCAGAGUGAUGAGACUUCUACUUCUUCUGAAGAUAUGAAGGAAAUUUCACCAGAAAUGGAGGAUACACCUGAAGUAGAAAUUAAUAUGCCUACUGUUACACAUAUUCCCGAGAUUUCACAAGAAAGCAGUAUAGAGAAGGUAAAAGAGAACACUGAGAAAAUGCAGCAAGAAAAAGAUGAUGAGGUGUCUUUACUAUCUGAAGGUCAGCUGGUAGUACGAAGCUUGUCAUCUUCUGAAAAUGAAACAGAAAUAACAGAGGAAUUGGAACCAGAAGAUGAAGAGGACAGAUCAGCUUCUGACAGCGAUGAUUGUGUUAUUCCAGGUCCUAUCUCCAAGAAUAUCAAACAGCCAUCAGAAAAAAUUCGGAUUGAGAUCAUAGCUCUAAGCCUUAAUGAUUCUCCAAUAACCAUGGAUGACACUAUCCAACGGCUCUUCGUUGAGUGCCGAUUCUAUAGCCUCCCUGCUGAGGAGACACCCGUGUCACUUCCCAAACCCAAGAGUGGGCAGUGGGUCUACUAUAACUAUAGCAAUGUGAUCUACGUGGAUAAAGAAAACAACCAAGCAAAGAGAGAUAUCUUAAAAGCUAUACUACAAAAACAAGAGAUGCCUAACAGAAGUGUUCGCUUCACCGUGGUCAGUGACCCUCCAGAGGAUGAGCAGGAUCUGGAGUGCGAGGACAUCGGUGUUGCUCAUGUUGACCUCGCUGACAUGUUUCAGGAAGGGAGAGACAUCAUUGAGCAAAAUAUCGAUGUUUUUGAUGCACGAGCAGAUGGUGAAGGUAUUGGCAAGCUCAGGGUAACAGUCGAAGCUCUCCAUGCCCUACGGUCUGUCUACGAGCAAUACAGAGAUGACUUGGAGGCUUGA